UUGGGAAGAACCGGAAAUGGCAAAAGUUCAACUGGAAAUACCAUCCUAAAAAUGAAAGCUUUCAAAGAAUCAUCAGGUUCAUCUUCUUGCUCAAAAUUAAUUAAAGACGCCGAGAAUGUCAUAAACAAUGUGAGUAUCACUGUUUAUGACACACCUGGUCUCUUCGAUGGCGAUGAUAACGAUAUGUUGACCGCUGAAGAGAGAGCGGUUGUACAGAUGGAUUCAUUGAUGUACGCUUGUCAAAAGAGUGGAGUGAACGCAUUUGUUUUGGUUCUCAAUGCCACCAAUAGAUUUACCGAAGAAGAAAAGAAAACGGUUCAGUGGUACGAGGCCAUAUUUGGAGCAGAUUUUCUGAAAAAGAAUGGGAUUCUAGCAUUAACCCAUGCCGAUAACAUUGGCACUGAAAAUAAAGAUACCGAUCUGAAGGAUUGGACCGCAAAACAGACUGGCGCGAUGAAAACACUGAUUGAAAAAUUUGAAGGGAGAAUCGCUUUUUUCGAAAACAUAGGGAACUUUGAGGGUCGAAGAGAAAAAAGUGGCGUUAAACUAAGAGACCUAUGUCAACAAAAGCUGGAGCUGAAUGCAUACUCUAUGAUGAAUUACAAGAACAAU